AUGGCCGCCUCCACCCUGUCCGUUUGCUCCAGCGACAUGAGCUAUGACUGUCCAGAGAGCUGCUGCGAGCCCCCCUGCUGUGCCCCCAGCUGCUGCGCCCCGGCCCCCCGCCUGACCCUCCUCUGCGCCCCAGUGACCUGUGAGUCCAGUCCCUGCUGCCAGGCAGCCUGCAGCAGCUCCUGCCCAGCCUCGUGCUGCCAGCAGUCUAGCUGCCAGCCUUCCUGUUGCACCUCCUCCCCCUGCCAGCAGGCCUGCUGUGAGCCCGUCUGCUGCAGGCCUGUCUGCUGUAGGCCUGUCUGCUGCACACCUGCCUGCUGUGAGCCCGUCUGCUGCACGCCUGUCUGCUGCAGGCCCGUCUGCUGUGAGGCCUCCCCCUGCUGCAAACCCUCCUCCUCCUCCGUCUGCUGCAAACCCUCCUCCUCCUCCGUGUCCCUCCUGUGCCGGCCCGUGUGCCGCCCCACCUGCUGUGUGCCCACCUCUUCCUGCCAGCCCAGCUGCUGCCGCCCGUCCUCCUCCGUGUCCCUGCUCUGCCAGCCCGUGUGCCCCCGUCCCACCUGCUGCAUCCCUGCCUCAGCCCCAGAGCCCUGCUGCUGA